AUGCAACGACCUUACGGCAGCCAGAUAUUCGUUGCAUCGGCUCUUGCCGACGACAAGCAUGAGCCUUUUCUGCAUUGUCGCACGCCGCUGUGGGACAUCGAUAACUUUACCACAUGCUUCAGAAAAGACUACCUCCAGGUUCUAUUUCCAAUAAUCAUUAUCGGCUCUUCCUUACUUAUCAUCUUCUUCGGAUCAACCCACGUUUUGUACCAGAAAUGGAAACACUACCGUCGAACGCCACUCGCACGACGAGGCUCCACUCACCAUGACGACGACCACUCCGAUACGAGUUCUAACACCGACAGCAGUGCUGAACUUUUGGGUUCUGAUUCCGAGAAUGAAUUUGAGGAGGAUGAUUUGGAAGACCACUUGGCUCUGACUAGGACGAUGAGUCGGGCUUCGGUUCAAGAAACCAAAGUUGACCGCCCGGUGGGAGAAGUCUGGUGGGUUGCAUUGGAGGAAAUCGCUGUUAUGGCCCAGAUUGGGCUGCAUUUGACAACCUACUUGCAUCCAACCACCGAUGACUGGAGAUUUGGGAAGUUGCCAGCUCUCGUGGGAGCAGUUGUUUGGGGCUAUACAUUAAUCCUAACUACGCUUCGUGUAUCUCUCCCGCGAACCAAGCUGUACCCAAUGCCUGUUCUAUGGGAUCACACCGCAGCUAUAUACCUUUCCCAAUUUGUCUUAUAUACCGUUGUAUUCCGAACCGUCCUAAUCUACGACCGACCAUCUCUCAACCGUGCUAUCGUAUUCGCAGAAUUCUCCCUUGUAUCGCUGCUAUCGGUUAUUGUUCUUACUACUCGGAAAGGGAAUAAACCCGUAAAGCAAGAAAUCAUAGAUGGACUCGAACCUUCCCACGAGCCUCUUGCCAGCUUGUACUCCCUUGCCAGUUAUAGUUGGAUCGAUCCGUUGAUUUGGGAUGGAUAUAGGUCGCCACUUGAGAUGAAGAGGGUGUGGAACCUUCGUAAAGAUGACCGUGCAAUGGUAGUGCUGACUAGCUUCAGACAAACAAAGAAAGUAGCAACGUUGACCUGGAGACUCAUUGGCUUCUUCAAGGGCCUACUUGCUGCGCAGUUCGCCUGGACAAUCUUUUACUCUUUCCUCACUUUCGCACCUACAUUGCUUCUCAGAGCCAUCCUCGAAUAUGUUGAAAACCCAGACAAAUAUCCUCGUAAUGUAGCGUGGCUUUACGUUGGACUGCUUUUCGUCACCGGUAUUGUACAAACGACAGGGUCAGGUGUUGCACUCUUCAUCGGGCGCCGCAUUUGUAUCCGGCUUAGAGCCAUCAUCGUCGGGGAAAUCUAUUCUAAAGCUUUACGUCGUAAGGCUGCAGCUGCUGAACGUACACUCGGCCAGAAGGAUGAGAAGAAAAAGGAAGAAGAUCCAAAGAAGAAGAAGAAGACUACAGAUGAAGAGCAACCUGCCUCUAAGGAAGAAGAAGAGAAGGAUGAAACGCAAGCAAACGUUGGUGCUAUCAUUAACUUGAUGGCUGUGGACUCUUUUAAGGUGGCCGAAAUUUGUGCUUACUUGCAUUUCCUUGUCGCCUCUACUCCUGUCCAGCUUACACUCGCUAUUGCAUUGCUCUACGGAGUCAUGGGCUGGAGUUCUAUUGCUGGUAUUGGUGUUAUGAUCUGCCUGUUCCCGAUCAAUUACAGCAUAUCCAGAACAUUCAGCAAGAUUCAAAACAGGAUUAUGGCUAUCACCGACAAGCGUAUCCAGACUACGAACGAAGUUCUCCAAAAUGUUCGAAUCAUCAAAUAUUUCGCAUGGGAACAGCGUUAUGAAGGUGUGAUUUCGGAACCCCGAGCUCUUGAACUAAGGCAAUUGCGAAAUCGGUACAUUCUCUGGGGUGUUGCGGCAAGUUUGUGGUAUUCUACUCCCAUUAUAAUCACCUUCGUCUCGUUUUGGCUCUACACUGUUGUUGAAGGGAAGGAAUUGCGAGCACCCAUCGCUUUCACGGCUUUAUCACUCUUUGCGGUCUUGCGAACACCUCUCGACCAACUCGCAGAUAUGCUCACAAAUGUCCUUCAAAGUAAAGUAUCGAUCGAUCGUGUCCAAGAGUUCCUUGACGAAGAGGAAACCGAGAAGUACAAGCAACUAAAACCUAGUGACACUAAUGAGGAUCUCCUCACUCCGGCUAUCGGUUUUAGAGAUGGUCAUUUUACAUGGGGUAGCAAGAGUCUCUUGGGUAAGGAAGAAGGUGCAGGCUCAUUCCAGCUAGUUAAUCUCAAUCUCGAGUUCGUUCCUGGCGAGUUGAAUGUCAUUGCUGGCCCCACAGGUUCUGGAAAAACUUCGCUUCUUAUGGCUUUACUCGGAGAAAUGACCCACGUAAGUGGGCGUGUGCACUUACCUGGAUACCAUUGCCGAGAGGAUCUCUAUCCUGAUGAAAACGGUCACACCGAGAGCGUUGCUUAUUGCGCCCAACAACCAUGGCUAGUCAACGACACGAUCAAGAACAAUAUCAUCUUUGCUGGAAAGUACGACGAGGAGCGGUACAAAGCUGUCCUGUUCGCUUGUUCGCUUGAAAGAGAUCUUUCGAUACUUGACAAAGGUGAUUCUACCGAAGUUGGAGAGAAAGGUAUCGCGCUUUCCGGUGGACAGAAACAGAGAAUAUCUCUUGCCCGAGCUCUUUACUCGAAUGCCAAGCAUGUAUUACUCGAUGACUGCUUGAGUGCUGUUGACUCCCACACCGCGAAAUGGAUCUACGACUACUGCAUCAUGGGACCAUUGAUGCAAUUCCGAACUUGUAUCUUGGUAACCCACAAUGUAGCCCUAUGCGUCCCACGAGCCAAGUUCGUGGUCGCGAUGAAGGGUGGAGAAGUUCAAGCGCAGGGAACACCGGAACAAGUUGUCGCAUCUGGUGCCCUUGGAAAAGAUGAUCUUUUGAAGGGUCUAACAUCACGAAGCCAGUCGGCCGCCGUUUCUCGUGUCGGGUCUACCACGAACCUUCGCAAGAAUACCAACGCGGAUGGAGAAAUCAUUACCGACGAACCUGUCAAAUCCCUGGUUACCGCAAAUGGCACUGCGAAGGCAGAUGAUGCUAAACAGAAGGAGACUGGGGGAUCAAGCAAUGAGGAAACUAAAUCUGAAGGUGCGGUUGAUUGGAACGUCUAUAAGCUGUACUUGAACAUGAUGGGUGGGUGGUUCUUUUGGGUGAUGGUCGUCCUUGCUAUCGUACUUCAACAACUUGGUUCAAUGGCUACUUCGAUUUGGAUUCGCCAAUGGGCUCUCCAAUACCAAGACCAGGAUAUCAAGAGAACAGCAUCAACCCAUCAUGCUGUUAGUAGUAGGUUUGGCGGACUUGGCUCUAGCAAUUACUGUUCCGCAUCUGGAGUUUGUGCCUGGAAUUUUCCAAUUGGCUCAGAAUCCGUGAACGUGAGCACCCUCAACGGAGGCUCAGACCAACCACACCACGUCAAUGUUAUGUAUUACCUGAGCAUCUAUGCACUCUUCGGUGUUCUCUAUGCCCUAACCUCCGUUUUCAGAGAGGGUGUCGUUUUCGCUGGAAGUUUGAAGGCCUCAAAGAGAAUGCAUGACAGGUUGCUCCACAGCAUUUUAAGAGCCAAGUUUAGAUUCUUUGAUUCUACCCCAUUGGGCCGAAUUAUCAAUCGUUUCUCAAAGGAUCUCGAAGCUGUCGAUCAAGAAGUUGCCCCGGUAGCUCUCGGAAUGAUCCACUCACUUGCCUCCGUCAUUUCGAUCGUCGUUUUGAUCAGUGUCAUCACUCCUGGUUUCCUUUUCGCUGGUGUGAUCAUUUCGAUAUUGUAUUGGUUGAUUGGUAUCUUUUACCUCCGAGCAUCCCGAGAUCUCAAGCGACUAGAAUCUAUCCAAAGAAGCCCGCUUUACCAGCACUUCGGCGAAACGCUUGCAGGAAUCACUACAAUCCGCGCCUACGGUGACGAGCGACGCUUUGUUAGGGAAAAUCUGCAUAAAAUCGACAAUGCUAACCGCCCAUUUUUCUACCUCUGGGUCGCGAAUCGAUGGCUCUCAUGGCGAGUGGAUGUAGCUGGUAGCUUGGUAUCUUUCUUUGCUGGCGUAUUCGUAAUUUGGAAUAUUGGAACCAUUGAUGCUGGGUUAGCAGGUCUUUCUUUGACUUAUGCCAUCAGCUUCAACGAUAAUGUCCUAUGGGUUGUGAGGCUUUAUGCUAUGAAUGAACAAAACAUGAAUUCGGUUGAACGGCUUAAGGAGUACCUCGACAUCGAACAGGAAGCCCCAGAAAUUAUCCCAGAGAACCGCCCAAGCGGUGAUUGGCCAUCUACAGGUGCUCUUAGCUUCCACGAAUAUUCCACAAGGUAUCGUGCGGACCUCGAUCUCGUCUUGAAGAAAGUUAGCUUUGAUGUAAACCCAUGCGAAAAAGUUGGUAUUGUGGGUAGGACUGGAGCCGGGAAAUCUUCUCUUGCGUUGGCGCUGUUCCGUGCGCUAGAGGCCACGGAGGGCAAGAUCUUGAUCGAUGGGACUGAUAUCAGCACGCUUGGAUUAAAGGAUCUUCGAGAGGGAAUUACGAUGGUUCCUCAAGACCCAACAUUGUUUACCGGAACUAUUAGGAGUAACCUUGACCCCUUUGGUAUCCAUACCGAUGAAGAGAUCUUCGCCGCACUUCGAGAGGUUCAGUUGAUCGGAGAGGAUGAAGAAACUUCAUCUCAAGUCACAGUGACCCCGUCCGAUAGCCGAUCCGAAAUCUCUAUUACACCUGGCGAAGAACCCACAUCUCCCUCUGCCACGAUAGCAGCUGCAUCACCAACUAGUCCAACAACCAGACAGACAAUAAACAAGAAUAUCUUCCUGAAAAUUUCCUCGAAGGUAGCUGAGUCUGGUAACAACCUGUCCCAAGGACAGCGUCAAUUACUGUGUCUCGCCCGAGCACUUCUUAGAAAGCCAAAGAUCAUUCUCAUGGACGAGGCAACUGCCUCCAUUGAUUACGCCACAGACGCCAAGAUCCAAGAAACAAUCAGAAGCUGGAACAGCAGCUCUGUCAUGACAAUUGCGCAUAGAUUGAACACUAUCGUCGACUACGAUAGAGUUCUCGUCUUGGACCACGGCCAGGUCAAGGAAUACGACCACCCAUACAUCUUAAUACAAAAAGAGGGCGGUCUAUUCCGAGAUAUGUGCGUGGACAGUGGAGAGAUGGAGACCCUAGAGAGAAUGGCAAAGGAUGCGUGGGAGAGAAAGCAUCCGAAAUUAGUGGAUGUCUAG